AUGCAGCAAUCAGACAUCUUUGUAGGCUCGAUUGACCAGGGUACCACCAGUACCAGGUUUCUGAUCUUCAAUCGCGAAGGGGAACCGGUGGCCUCGCAUCAGGUUGAGUUUCCGCAGAUCUAUCCAAAAUCCGGAUGGCAUGAGCACAACCCACUGGACCUGGUGUCUUCUGUGGAAACAUGUGUGGAGCAAGCAGUCAAACAGUUUGAAUCCACUGGUUUUUCUCGCGUUGAUAUCAAGGCGGUCGGGAUUACCAAUCAGAGAGAAACCACUGUGGUUUGGGAUUAUGAAACUGGCGAACCACUGUGCAAUGCCAUCGUGUGGACGGAUACGCGAUCGCAAGCGAUUGUCAAUGAGUUGAAGGAGAAGCCUGGGGCGUCACGAUUACAGCAAAUCUGUGGCCUCCCGUUAUCAACCUAUUCAUCCUCGUCCAAGCUGCUCUGGAUGCUCGCAAAUGUCCUCAGGGUCAAGGACGCUUAUGAGCGCGGUACGCUCGCAUUUGGUACCAUAGACACCUGGCUCGUGUAUUAUUUGAACGGAGGUCGCCAAGCAAAUGUAUUUGUUUCGGACCCUACCAAUGCGUCACGGACGAUGUUCAUGAACUUGGAAACUCUAGAGUACGACAACUCGCUUUUAGACUUCUUUGACAUUCGAGGAAGAGUUCAUCUGCCGAAGAUUGUUCCAUCUUCUGAUACAAAAGCCUAUGGCGUUAUCUCAGAUGGAGUCCUCGCUGGCGUCCCUAUCAUGGGUUGUCUCGGCGAUCAGUCCUCGGCUCUUGUCGGCCAGAAAGGGUUCUCGCCAGGAAUGGCAAAGAACACAUACGGCACAGGGUGUUUCCUCCUUUACAAUGUGGGCGAAAAGCCUGUUAUAUCCAAACACGGCCUAUUGGCCACAGUCGCCUAUCACUUUGAUGGAAAGCCAGUGUACGCUCUCGAGGGGAGCAUCGCUGUUGGUGGCUCCGGAGUCAAGUUCCUGCAGAACAACCUGGAGUUCUUCAAGGAGUCUAAAGAAGUUAACGAUUUGGCUCUCACGGUGGAAGAUAAUGGAGGAUGUGUCUUUGUUACUGCGUUCAGCGGGCUCUUUGCACCUUAUUGGAUUGACGACGCGAAAGGAACUAUCUUCGGAAUUACACAGUACACGAAGAAGGGCCACAUCGCCAGGGCCACGCUUGAAGCGACCUGCUUCCAAACAAAGGCAAUUCUGGACGCGAUGGAAAAGGACAGUGGCCAUGCGCUGUCGGAGCUGGCAGUUGACGGAGGAAUGAGUAACUCUGAUCUUGCAAUGCAGACUCAAGCAGACCUGAUCUCUAUUCCGGUCUAUCGCCCGAAGAUGCGAGAGACGACCGCGCUAGGUGCGGCCAUUGCUGCCGGCCUGGCAGUUGGGCUUUGGCGGAACUUUGCCGAAUUGCGCGAUAUCAACCGUUCUGGGGGAACGGUCUUCGAGCCUCGGAUUGGCCACCAGCAAAGUGCGGAGUCAUUUGCCCUCUGGGAAAAGGCAGUCAACAUGAGCAGGGGAUGGGUUGGGAACAAGGUGCCACCCGCCGUCCCGGAGACCAAGAAAGAUGCUCCCACUGCUGUGCAGCACAGAGAGAAUACCCAGAUGGUCCCAGCGAAGGUCAACAGCAGUAUUCUUCCGGCGAAGAGGCCAUUGGUCAGUAUCUCCAGUGAUCUGGACGAUGCCGACGAGGACUAUCUGUAUCUGGAACUCCGGCGAGUCGAGAUUCUGCAGAGACUGAAGAAGCUCACCAAGCUCAAGGUAGCCCUUUUAUCAACGUAG